CAUGGCGGAAAACAAAGGCGGCGGCGAGGCUGAGAGCGGCGGCGGGGGCAGCGGUAGCGCGCCGGUAACUGCCGGGGCCGCCGGGCCCGCGGCGCAGGAGGCGGAGCCGCCUCUCGCCGCGGUGCUGGUAGAGGAGGAGGAGGAGGAAGGCGGCAGGGCGGGCGCGGAGAGCGGCGCGGCCGGGCCCGACGACGGGGGGGUGUCCGCGGCCUCCUCCGGCUCGGCCCCGGCUGCCUCAGCCCCUGCGGCCUCAGUGGGCCCUGGAGUUCCCGGGGGGGCGGCAGCGACGCCGGGCCCAGCCCCAGCCUCGGCUCCCGUUCCGGGUCCGUCGGCGGGGCCGCCUCCUGGACCGCCAGCCUCGCUCCUGGACACCUGCGCCGUGUGUCAGCAGAGCUUGCAGAGCCGGCGUGAGGCGGAGCCCAAGCUGCUGCCCUGCCUUCACUCCUUCUGCCUGCGCUGCCUGCCCGAGCCGGAGCGCCAGCUCAGCGUGCCCAUCCCGGGGGGCAGCAACGGCGACAUCCAGCAAGUUGGUGUAAUACGGUGCCCAGUAUGCCGCCAAGAAUGCAGACAGAUAGACCUUGUGGAUAAUUAUUUUGUGAAAGAUACAUCUGAAGCUCCUAGCAGUUCUGAUGAGAAAUCAGAACAGGUAUGUACUAGUUGUGAAGACAAUGCAAGUGCAGUUGGCUUUUGUGUAGAAUGUGGAGAGUGGCUAUGUAAGACAUGUAUUGAAGCACAUCAAAGAGUAAAAUUCACUAAAGAUCACUUGAUCAGGAAGAAAGAAGAUGUCUCAGAAUCUGUUGGAGCAUCUGGUCAGCGCCCUGUUUUCUGCCCUGUACACAAACAAGAACAAUUGAAACUUUUCUGUGAAACAUGUGAUAGAUUGACAUGUAGAGACUGUCAGCUAUUGGAACACAAAGAACAUAGGUAUCAGUUUUUGGAAGAAGCUUUUCAAAACCAGAAAGGUGCAAUUGAGAAUCUAUUGGCUAAGCUUCUUGAGAAAAAGAAUUAUGUUCAUUUUGCUGCUACUCAGGUGCAGAAUAGGAUAAAAGAAGUAAAUGAGACUAACAAACGAGUAGAACAGGAAAUUAAAGUGGCCAUUUUCACCCUUAUCAAUGAAAUUAAUAAGAAAGGAAAAUCUCUCUUACAGCAGCUAGAGAAUGUUACAAAAGAAAGACAGAUGAAGUUACUACAGCAACAGAAUGACAUCACAGGCCUUUCCCGACAGGUGAAACAUGUUAUGAACUUUACAAACUGGGCAAUUGCGAGUGGCAGCAGCACAGCACUACUGUACAGCAAGCGACUGAUUACUUUUCAAUUGCGCCAUAUUUUGAAAGCACGGUGUGAUCCUGUGCCUGCUGCUAAUGGAGCAAUUCGUUUCCAUUGUGAUCCCACCUUCUGGGCAAAGAAUGUAGUCAAUUUAGGUAAUCUAGUAAUAGAGAGUAAGCCAGCUCCUGGUUAUACUCCUAAUGUUGUAGUUGGGCAAGUUCCUCCAGGGACAAACCACAUUAGUAAAACCCCUGGACAGAUUAACUUAGCACAGCUUCGACUCCAGCACAUGCAACAACAAGUAUAUGCACAGAAACAUCAACAGUUGCAGCAGAUGAGGAUGCAGCAACCACCUGCACCUGUAUCAACAACAACAACAACAACACAGCAGCACCCUAGACAAGCAGCCCCGCAGAUGUUACAGCAACAGCCUCCAAGAUUGAUCAGUGUGCAAACAAUGCAAAGAGGCAACAUGAACUGUGGAGCUUUCCAAGCCCAUCAGAUGAGAUUGGCUCAGAAUGCUGCCCGAAUACCAGGGAUACCCAGGCACAGCGGCCCUCAGUAUUCCAUGAUGCAGCCACACCUCCAAAGACAACACUCAAACCCAGGGCAUGCUGGACCCUUUCCUGUUGUGUCGGUGCACAAUACCACAAUUAAUCCAACCAGUCCUACUACAGCUACGAUGGCAAAUGCAAAUCGAGGCCCCACCAGUCCAUCUGUUACAGCAAUAGAGCUAAUUCCCUCAGUUACCAAUCCUGAAAACCUUCCGUCACUGCCAGAUAUUCCACCCAUACAGUUGGAAGAUGCUGGUUCAAGUAGUUUAGAUAAUCUACUAAGUAGAUACAUCUCAGGCAGUCACCUACCCCCACAGCCUACAAGCACCAUGAAUCCCUCCCCAGGACCCUCUGCCCUGUCUCCAGGAUCAUCAGGUUUAUCCAAUUCUCACACACCUGUGAGACCUCCUAGUACCUCUAGUACUGGCAGCCGAGGCAGCUGUGGGUCAUCAGGAAGAACUGCUGAGAAGACAAGUCUUAGUUUCAAGUCUGAUCAAGUUAAGGUCAAGCAAGAACCUGGAACUGAAGAUGAAAUAUGUAGCUUUUCAGGAGCUGUGAAACAAGAAAAGACAGAAGAUGGCAGGAGAAGUGCCUGCAUGUUGAGCAGUCCUGAGAGUAGCUUGACACCACCUCUCUCAACCAACCUGCACCUAGAGAGUGAGUUGGAUGCAUUAGCAAGCCUGGAAAACCAUGUGAAAACUGAACCUGCAGAUACAAAUGAAAGCUGCAAACAGUCAGGGCUCAGCAGCCUUGUUAAUGGAAAGUCCCCGAUUCGAAGCCUUGUACACAGGUCGUCAAGGAUUGGAGGAGAUGGCAGUAGCAAAGAUGAUGACCCAAAUGAAGACUGGUGUGCUGUCUGCCAAAAUGGAGGGGAUCUCUUGUGCUGUGAAAAAUGUCCAAAGGUCUUUCAUCUAACUUGUCAUGUUCCAACACUUCUUAGCUUUCCAAGUGGGGAUUGGAUAUGCACAUUUUGCAGAGAUAUUGGGAAACCAGAAGUUGAAUACGAUUGUGAUAAUUUGCAACAUAGUAAGAAGGGGAAAACUGCACAAGGGUUAAGCCCCGUGGACCAAAGGAAAUGUGAACGUCUUCUGCUUUACCUCUAUUGCCAUGAAUUAAGUAUUGAAUUCCAGGAGCCAGUUCCUGCUUCGAUACCAAACUACUAUAAAAUUAUAAAGAAACCAAUGGACUUAUCCACCGUGAAAAAGAAGCUUCAGAAAAAACAUUCCCAACACUACCAAAUCCCAGAUGACUUUGUGGCUGAUGUCCGUUUGAUCUUCAAGAACUGUGAAAGGUUUAAUGAAAUGAUGAAAGUUGUUCAAGUUUAUGCAGAAACACAAGAGAUUAAUUUGAAGGCUGAUUCAGAAGUAGCUCAGGCAGGGAAAGCAGUUGCAUUGUACUUUGAAGAUAAACUCACAGAGAUCUACUCAGACAGGACCUUCGCACCUUUGCCAGAGUUUGAGCAGGAAGAGGAUGAUGGUGAGGUAACUGAGGACUCUGACGAAGACUUUAUACAGCCCCGCAGAAAACGCCUAAAGUCAGAUGAGAGACCAGUACAUAUAAAGUAAAAUGACAUGAACUUAAAUAAUUGUUUUAAAAAGAGAAAGAGAGAGAAAAGAAAACUUUUUAUUUAAGUGUUGCUGGAAUAUCCUGCCUGCAAUGGGCACCUCCUUGACGAAGCUGAUAGCUUUUACACAGUAUUAGAUUGAAGUAAUGGACAGAAGUCACUUCUUGCGAAGAAAGGGGGAGAGAACUCUAUUUGCAACUUUAAAAGUAAAAAACGAAAAGUAAAAGUGAAAUGAUUUGAAGAUUUCUGUUACUAAAAAGGAUGGUUCUUUAGAAUGGCAGAUGUUGGUGAUCAUGUGGUAUUGAUUGCUGCAGGAUGCUGGUGUACAAGUAAAUACUUGAAGGUCAUGUCGUUUGAUAAAUUGUCUCUUGGACAAGAGUGCACAGCUAUUAAAAACGACUUCCAUGCCUCCCCUUCCACACACAUACAUACCAGUUUUUUUUCUAGGUAAAAUCAAAGUUGCUCAGAUUCCGCUUUGAUGUCAAUGCAGAUGUGCAUUGAAUCAUGCCAUUAUAUUUUUUCUCCCUUUGAUGCUGUUGGACCUUAGUUUUUAUAUUGGUUUAAAGAACUCAACAGUAGUUUUAUUUUCUAUUUAUACCUGGAGUCUAGGAAACAUCAUUGAUCAUCAUUUAAUCAAUUUUAAUGGUCUGCUGAAAUAAAUAUGGUAACUUUUCAGUGGCAGAUCAUAUAGUAGUCAUUUCCAGAGAAACACUUCCAUGGAAUCGCACUUCCCAGUCAGAUCAUUUAAUCAUAAAGUUACUCCCAUCAAAGGCAGAAUGUUUGUUUCAAAAUUAAUCUAGUUUUCUGUACAUUUAAAUUUGAUUGAGAAGGUGACCACUGGCUCUUAUCCAGUCUUCCUUCAUAUCAGUUUUCUGAUAGACCACUAUUGGCAAACAAUAAUCUGUCAACUACCAAAUGUGUAAAAUUUUCUGUAUUUCACUUUGUCUUAUUUGUAAAUAGUGAACUAAAACUUCUGGCAGAUCAGCAACAUUUGCUGAGCCUGUUUUUUAAGCUAAUGUGUAUUCUUACUAAUGUUCCUAUCAAGAAUGGAUUUGUAAUAUAUGCUGUCUAUUUCUAAUGUUCACAUUCAUAUUUUGAGGUUCUAUCUUAUUUUAAUAGAGAACAGACUUCUCAGAAAAUCUUCAGAAGCAGCUUAUUAUUAAAUAUCAAAACUAUUAAAAUAAACCCGGUGGGGUUAGAUUACUCAUCUGUCCACCAAGUGGGACAUUUGCAUGGACUGGGGGCUUAACGGACUUAGAAGAGGCCUGUAAGUAAAUCCUGAAAAUGAGCCAAUCCCCACUUGAAUGGUUACUGGAGUAAACCCACCUUUACUACCCUGAGUUCAGCCCCUGAGACAGGUAAACCACCUUGGCUUGGUUUCAUUUUUCUUCUCUUCAUUUGUGAUGCUCAGAUCCAAGAUGUGUGUUCUAGACUGUGUACAGGCUUCUCUUUUGUUGGAUUAAAAAAAAUUUAGUCCUACUUUUGUAUGGACACCUUAAAAUAUAAAGUGACCAAAAUAGAAGACUUGCCAUUAGAUAUUUUUCAGACGUCAGCAGAUUUGUGGCAAAUCGUUUGCCUUUUUAAAACUUCAGCUUCUGCAGUUCGGACAGUAGACUACUCAGUAAAAAUUAUUUGACAUAAUUGUCUAAGGUAAAUAUUUUUUAGUGCAUAUUGAAUCAAAUAAAGUGCUCUAAAGAAAUUAUUAUACAAA